AUGUGCAAGGGGUCGCUCUUCAUCACACCUGGUCCACUUAUCAAGCUACGUGAGAACAGAACAGAACAAUUUAGAUCAGCGAAAACGAAGUACAAGCAGCGUUUAUGCAGCUGGGUUAUGGUGACAGCUAUGGACUCAACGAAUACAGAGCACUCGGAAGCCCGUCCGCAGGAUCGCCCACUGUCGCCGUGUUUUUCGUCGGGGCCCUGUAAGAAGCGUCCUGGUUACGAUCUAGCGAAAGCGUUAUCGGAUGCACCAAUUGGGCGCUCCCACCGCUCAAAAAUAGGGAAGAAGAAACUCAAAGAGGCGAUCGAGGAAACGAAGAGGAUUCUGGAGCUCCCGUCGGACUACCUGGUGGGUAUUGUUCCCGCAAGCGAUACCGGCGCCGUCGAAAUGGCUAUGUGGAAUCUUCUUGGCCCGCUGCCUGUAGAUAUUUGUCAUUGGGAAUCCUUCGGUGCGGGUUGGUACGAGGAUGCGGUCAAGCAUCUAAAACUGCCAAACGUGCGCGAAUUCAAAGCAACAGCAUAUGGCGAGUUACCAGACCUCAGUGCUGUGAAUGCUGCUGAACACGACGUCGUUUUCACCUGGAAUGGAACUACUUCCGGUGUCGCAGUCCCCGAUGCUGACUGGAUACCGGACCAGCGUCGAGGUCUCACCAUUUGUGAUGCAACCUCUGCUGUUUUCGCAAUGUCCAUUCCAUGGCACAAAAUUGACGUGCUGACAUACUCUUGGCAGAAGGUUCUCGGCGGUGAGGCAGCCCACGGAAUGCUCAUACUUUCUCCACGAGCAGUCGAACGCCUCGAGCAGUAUACACCGCCCUGGCCGCUACCGAAGAUCUUUCGCUUGAAGAAGAAGGGCAAACUCGAUGUAUCUAUAUUUGAAGGAAACGUGAUCAAUACCGUCUCCAUGUUGUGCGUAGAAGACUAUUUGGACGCCCUACGCUGGGCGGAUUCUAUCGGUGGCUUGUCUGCUCUUGUGGAACGCAGCCGGCGCAACUUAGCCGUUCUCGAACAGUGGGUGCGUUCCCGCGACUGGAUCGAGUUUCUCGCCCUUGACGAGCGAACGCGCAGUUGCACCAGUGUUUGUCUCCGUUUCACCAAAAUUCAACGCGACGCGGUCAAGCAGCUUACUCAGUUACUGGAGGACGAGCAAGUAGCCUAUGAUAUUGAUAGUUAUCGGGACGCACCGCCAGGUAUUCGCAUCUGGUGUGGGGCCACGGUGGAUGCGACGGACAUCGAGCUGCUUACGAAAUGGAUAGACUGGGCGUACGCACAAGUCGUUGCGAACAAUUCAGCAUAG